AUGGCGCCUUCGAAGAAGUCAGCUCCAAAGGCGUCCACGUCGAAGAAAAGGCCUGCGGAGCAACUCAGCGAUGCUGAAGAAAGCGCGCCUCGCAAAGUGGCGAAGGUGUAUCCUAUCUUUGAGAAGCCUUCAGAACGAAAGGCCCAACAAAAUUCCACGUUCAAAUGGAUUUGGCCAGCGCUAGGCCCCAAAGCCACCUGUCUACAUGGCGUCAACUUGCAACCCGAGAGCCGGACAAAGGUUGCUGCGUUUGAUCUCGACGGAUGUCUCAUUGGGUCAAGCUUCGGAAAAAAGAGCAAGAGCGGCGCCCCUCCGGAAUUCCAAUGGUGGAGACCGAGUAUACCCACGAAGCUGAAGGAGGUCUACGACGAAGGUUAUUCAGUAGUAAUAAUCACAAACCAGGCUCUCCGUUCUGGCGCGCUCACGGAGUGGAAGAAGAAACUACCAGAGGUCCCUUUUCGUCUAUUAGCAGCCACAGCCCGUGAUGGGUACCGCAAGCCCAUGCCGGGAAUGUGGUACGAGCUGGAGCGUAUUUUUGCACAAGAUGGCGUACAGAUAGAUAUCGAGUCGUCUUUCUUUGUUGGGGAUGCUGCCGGCCGCCGCAAUGAUCACGCCGGGACAGACCGGAAAUGGGCACUGAACAUUGGCAUCCCCUUUUUUACACCCGAGGAGUACUUCCUUAAGCUACCUGCUGCCCCAUAUACCCUGACCGGCUUCCAUCCCUCGUCCCUGCCCACUGACUCACCGCAAAUUACACCUACUUCGACUCCCCUUGUGGCAUCUCGGUCACCGGAGGUUGUUCUCUUCGUCGGGUACCCGUCCCUUGGUAAAUCUACCUUCUACCGCAAACACUUCGAGCCCGCCGGAUAUGUGCAUAUCAAUCAAGACAUCUUGAAGACGAGGGACAAAUGCAUCAAAGCGGCAGAAGAGGCCGUGAAAGAAGGGAAGAGCUGCGUCAUUGACAACACGAAUCGCAACGUAGAUACAAGGAAGUACUAUGUUGAUCUCGCGAAGAGACUCCAGGUGCCUGUCAGAUGUGUCAUCUUCGAAGGCUCGUCUGAUUUAGCGUGGCACAAUAAUCUCUACCGCGCGUAUAACUUGCCGCCAGCCCUUGUUCACAAGGAGUCGAAACGAGAGAUGGUGCCGUAUACUGCAUAUACAAGCUUCAAGGCGCAGUACCAGGAGCCGGCGGUCGGUGAAGGCUUUAGUGAGAUCAAGCGGGUCAACUGGGUGUUCGAAGGCGACGAGGGAGUCCGGAAACGAUGGAGCAUGUGGUUGCAGAUUGAUGGCAAAUGA